AUGGUGCUACGAAUGGCGAGACUCACUGACGAUGCCAACUACGAUGCCGGCGAAAUGUCUGAGAAAGUAUCAAAUCCAGGGUCAAACUUUGGAAAUAAUCAAGCAUACAAUGCACUCCGGACUAGGUACGUUCCUCAAAGUCUUUCUACCAACGUGACCAAGUUGCGAAAACAAGGUCAAACAACUUCUAUAAAAUAUGAGCUGACUAAUUAUGUGGACCAAAUUGAACUAUAA